GCGGAGUUUGUGGCAUAAGGGGCGUAAACAGUAAGGCCUUGUGUACUCUCUAGGCACCACCUUAAGGAGCCUUUCUGCCUCACCACAACCACCAGCGAGCUCCCGCUGAAAAGAAGGAAACCUGCAGGCUGAAGAAUUUAUGUGGCUUUCGGUCUCUGGACUACGUUUCCCAGAGGCCGUCGCGCCCACGGCUACUUCCAGCCUCAAGGCUGCGUUGACUGACUGUGCAGGUGUCCCCGGAGGCCCCAGUCGAGGCUAGCGUACUGAACACAGCCUGGAGCGCUUGCAAGCUCCCAGCUACAGAUAGACAGAGAGAGAGAGAAGAAAACCUUCUAAAAGGGCUGUAAUACAAGUCAAGACCUGUAACGAUAGGAUGGCGGCAGCAGUACCAGCGGCAGCAGUACUAGUGAGCAGCGGGAACCACGGGACCGGUAGACAGCUGCAGUGGUAGCCAGAGACAGAGAGCCCUGCACAGCCAAGAGAAGGGUCUACUAGCACUACAGAGAGGAGCCGAGAGAGAGCUGUUCUGGUUGAAAACUGUCCUGAUUGACGAACUGCAUCCUGUCUCCUGAGUUGUAUCCUGUUACUUCCAAGUUGAUCUGGACCCUGAGCUGUAGUCUGUUACUAACAAACCACUUAACUGUAAGUACAGUUUGUGAGUUCUGUGAGAUGUUGCAGCGAAUUACGGAACCCAACAGGGAAAGAAGGAAGAGUGCUGAGGGGAGGGGAAGUGGUUGGUGUUAGAGAUGAUGGAGUGGUACAGCAGCUCGGAGAAGUUGGAAAUCUGGGACAUCUUUAAUCUCUGUCUCACGGGAACCAGCUUUGUGCUGAUUCGUAUUAAAGAAAUUAUUUGUUUACCACGAUAGAUAUCCAGUUGACCUAGCACCAUUUGUUGAAAAGACCAUCUUUUCUCCACUAUCAUCUUUGUCAUAAAUCAAGUGCCCUUCUACACACAGCUCUGCUUGUUCAGGACUCUGCUUCUCAAGGAGAGGAAUCCAGAAGACGACUGAUCAGUUCUUGGAAUUUUAAGUCAUGGCCCAUGAGUUGGUGAUGUUCAGGGAUGUGGCCAUAGACUUCUCUAAGGAGGAGUGGGAGUGCCUGGACUUGGAACAGAGGGAUUUAUAUAGAGACGUAAUGUUGGAAAACUACAGCAACAUGGUCUUACUGGGACUUUGCAUUCAUCAGCCAGAUAUGUUCUCCUUACUGGAAAAAGGGAAAGAGCCCUGGAAGGUUUUGAGGUACCAGACAAGAGGACCUUGCCCAGACAUGCAGUCCAGAUGUCAGACCAAGAAAUUGUCACCAAAAAAUGGCAUUGUUGAAAGAGAAUUACCCCAACGGGAAAUCAUGGAUAUUUAUAAAAACCACAGCCUUGAAAGUUUGUGUUUUGGAGAUGAUUGGGAGGGCAGAGAUCAGUUUGAGACACAACAGGAAAAUCAGGAGGAAUAUUUUAAUCAGCUGAUACUCACCUACGAAAAAGUACCCACUUUUACCCAGCACACAUCUUCUAAUCUAUGUCAGAGACUUAAUACAGGAGAGAAACUGAAUGAAUUUAAAGAGUGUGAGAAUGCCUUUAGUUGUGGCUUAGACCUUACUCAAAAUCAGUUAAUUGAUACUGGCAAGAAACUCUGUGAAGAAAAGGAAUGUGGGAAGACCUUUCUUCCUGAUUCAGAACUUACUCAAUGUCAGACUGUUCUCGCUUGUAAGAAAACAUAUGAAUGUAAAGAAUGUAGGAAGUCCUUUAGUUUGCGUUCAAGUCUUACUGGUCAUCAGAGAAUUCAUACUGGUGAGACGCCUUUUAAAUGUAAGGAAUGUGGAAAGGCCUUUAGAUUUCAUUCACAACUUAGUGUUCAUAAGCGAAUUCAUACUGGUGAGAAAUCUUAUGAAUGUAAGGAAUGUGGGAAGGCCUUUAGUUGUGGUUCAGACCUUACUCGACAUCAGAGAAUUCAUACUGGUGAGAAACCCUAUGAAUGUAAUGAAUGUGGGAAGGCCUUUAGUCAGCGAUCACAUCUCACUAAACAUCAGCGAAUUCACACUGGUGAAAAACCUUAUGAAUGUAAAGAAUGUGGGAAAGCUUUUACUCGUGGCUCACACCUAACUCAGCAUCAGAGAAUUCAUGCUGGUGAAAAAACUCAUGAAUGUAAGGAAUGUGGAAAAGCAUUUAUUCGUGGUUCAAAUCUUGCUCAACAUCAAAAUAUUCAUUUUGGCAGGAAACCCUACAAAUGUGAGAAAUGUGGGAAAGCCUAUAUCUGGAGUUCACACCUUGCUCGACAUCAACGAAUUCAUACCAGUAGGAAACCUUAUGAAUGUAAGGAUUGUGGGAAGACCUUUAUUUGGGCUUCAUAUCUUGCUCAACAUGAGAAAAUUCAUAGUGAGAGGAAACUCUUUGAAUGUAAGGAAUGCGGAAAGACCUUUCUUCAUGGCUCAGAGUUUAAUCGUCAUCAGAAAAUUCAUACUGGUGAGAGAAACUAUGAAUGUAGGGAAUGUGGAAAGACCUUUCUCCGUGGUUCAGAACUCAAUCGACAUCAGAAAAUUCACACUGGCAAGAGACCAUAUGAAUGUAAAGAAUGUGGAAAAGCCUUUCUCUGGGGUUCACAACUUACUCGACAUCAGAGAAUUCAUACUGGUGAGGAACCUUAUGUAUGUAAAGAAUGUGGGAAAUCCUUUAUAUGGGGCUCACAGCUUACACGACAUAGGAAAAUUCACACUGGUACAGAACCCUAUGAAUGUAAGGAAAGUGGGCAAAUCUUUAGUCAUCAUUUAUAUUGUAUUGAACAGAAGAUUCAUGAUGAGAAUCUCUAUGAAUGGAAAGACUACAGGAACACCUUUAGUCAUGACUCAGAUUUUGCUCAACACCAGAAUAUUUAUACUUUUGAGAAAUCCUAUGAAUAUAAAGAUUUUGAGAAGGCGUUUUCUCAGAGCUCUCACUUUUUUUCUCUCUUGUAAAGUAUUAUGAAUAUAAAAAUGUUGGAAGAGAUUUAACCAUUACUCUUUUAAUGGAGGUCAGUUUAUUUCUUGUCUUGAGAAAUCUCAGGAGUGUAAUACUUUUCACAUCUCUCCAGGUAUAAACAUUUUACUGACUCAUUUUAAUGUUGGUAGCUGCAGAAAACUACAUAUGUAGAAGCAUUACAUGUUCAAAUUGUUUAUUGAUUAACAUUCAGAUUGUUUCAUUCUUUGAAUUUUCAAUCGUCAAUAAAUAUCCUUAUACACAAAUGCUUGGCAUAUUUGUGUUUUAUUUCUGUAAGAUAUUCUGUUAUAUGAGAUUCAUGAGUCAGAGUAUGUGUAUUUUUUGUUGAAAUAGCUAAUAAUGUUAUUUUCCAGAUAUCACACAUUUAUUCUCAUCAGCAUUGUGCUAAGAUGCAUAUUUCCUCAUGACCUAACAGCAUUCUUUGUCAGUCUUUCUGAUGAAACACCAAGACAUUGCUUUGAGUUUUUCUAAAUAUUAGGUAGAUUGAGCAUGUUUUAAUUUGUAUACUGGCCAUCUGAAUUUUCUAUAAAUUACCUAUUUGUAGUCUUGGCUUUAUUUCUGUUGUAUCAUUUUUCUCUUAUAAAUUUGUAGAAAUUAUGUUAUGGCUAUAACUUUAAUCAUAUGGGUUACAAAAAUAAUUUCUCAGUCUUUUUUUCUUAUGGCAACUUUUGUCAUAGAUGG